AUGAAUAUCACUUCUAAUGGGGAGAAGUGGGGGGGUAGAAUCAGGCCUGCUAGCAGUUUUGAAAGUUUCACUGGCUUCAUUAAUAGGACUGGCCUGAUAGUUAUUGGCUUUGAGGGAGUGCCUUGGACCUGGUGUAAUAACUGGGACACUGAAGGAGUGAUUAAGGAAAGGAUUGAUAGAGUGAUGGGUACUAAGCAGUGGUGUGGAAAUUUUGGAAAGGCUAAAGUUACUCAUGCUGAAACAGAAGCUUCUGAUCACUAUGCCUUGGUACUAGAUCUGACCCCUGUAGAAAUACCAAGGAAGAGGAGAUUUGCUUUUGAUAAGAGAUGGAUUAUGCAGGAGGGGGUUUGGGGAGGUGAUCAAGGAGGCAUGGGGGAAGGAGCAACAGGGGUCAAGAUAGAACAGAUUAAAAAGGAAAUUAAAGAGGUGAGGGAGAGUCAGGGCAGAAAGGAUAGAACAAAAAUUAUAGGACUGAAGAGGAAGUUGGCGGAGGCUUACAAGAGAGAAGAGGUAUACUGGAGUCAGAAGGCAAGAAUUAAAUGGCUCCAGGAGGGAGACAACAACACUAGCUUCUUCCAUGCUAGUGUAAUGAGUAGGAGGAAGCAGAAUAGGAUUAAUGGUCUGAAAAUGAGAAGUGGGGAGUGGUGUAGGAAUGAGGAGGAGGUCAGGGAGGAAAUUGUGGACUAUUUCCAGCAAUUGUUCACGUCUGGUGAUCCAACUAAUUUCAGUGCUAUUUUGGAGGAGAUCCCACAGACUAUAACUGCUGACAUGAACAAAAAGUUGACAAGGCCAGUCUCUGAUCAAGAAAUCAGUUAUGCAGUAAAUUCAUGCAUCCAAACAAGUCUCCUGGACCAGAUGUCUACUUUUGUGCCUGGUAGGCAGAUUCUGGACAAUGUCCUAGUGGCACAUGAGAGUAUUCAUUUUCUUAAUAAUAAGAGAACUGGAAAGGAUGGUUAUAUGGCUAUUAAGCUUGAUAUGUCUAAGGCUUAUGAUAGUGUAGAAUGGGUGUUUUUGGCAAAGAUGAUGCAAAAAAUGGGGUUCUGUCCAACUUGGAUUCAGUGGAUUUUAGAGUGUAUAACUAGUGUCACCUACUCUGUGAAUGUUAGUGGGAAAAAAGGGGGGUUUAUCAAGCCUUCUAGAGGCUUAAGGCAGGGGGAUCCCCUAUCCCCAUACUUAUUUCUGGUUUGUGCAGAAGGUUUCUCUGCCCUGCUCAGAAGAGCUAAUAGACAAGGUAGUAUGUCUGGAAUGAAGAUUGCUAAUGAAGCUCCUUGUUUGUCUCAUCUCUUCUUUGCAGAGGAUUCACUAAUUUUCUGCAGAGCCAAGGUUGGGGAGGCUGUGCAGCUUAUGAAGGUGUUGGAAGAAUAUGGAAGAGCAUCUGGCCAGUUGAUCAACAAAGAAAAGUCCUCUAUCUUUAUCAGCAAAAAUGUCAAAGGAAGGAGAAAGGAAGAGGUGCUUAAAGAGUUGGAAGGCAUGAGAGAGGUUCAUCAGAGCAAAUAUCUCGGGCUUCCUAUGGUUAUAGGAAGGUCAAAGAGACAGGUAUUUGAGUUCAUUAGACAGAAAGCAGUAAAAAGACUUGGGGGUUGGAAGGAAAAACUUCUGAGCCAAGCAGGAAAGGAGACUUUAUUGAAGUCUGUCAUUCUAGCUCUCCCUGCAUACGUGAUGUCUUGCUGUAGGCUGCCAAAGGCAUUGUGUCAGAAUGUAUGUUCAGAAAUGGCUAAAUUCUAG